CUGGCAAGGCUUUGGAACUCGAUUCAAAACCAACCAACCAACCAUGGCUGAAGACAUCGCUGAGAAAGGAUUUAUCUCUCGAUGGAGGAAGGUAAUAAUCUUAUUUCUGAGCGGAGCUAUGUUGGUUUCGUUUGGCGUUGUGCUCAAAGUGAUUGUCAACAAGAUAUUCAAGUCCGAAUUAAAGUCACAACUGGUGAUAAGUCCAGACAACAGUUCGCUCCGAUACCGAGAAUGGAAAUUUCCAACAGUGCCUAUUCAUAUAGAAUUCUAUCUGUUUGACAUUAUAAAUGAACUUGAAGUAAGACAAGGUGGGCUGCCAUGUGUAAAGCAGAGGGGACCAUAUUCCUACAGGGAAUUCUUAGACAAGAAAAACAUCACCUUCGAUAGCGAAAGGACUAAAGUAUCUUAUAAUGAGGAAAAAACCUAUGUCUUUGAUAAGGAACUUUCUUGUCCAAGCUGUGAUCCUUUCAAAGACAAUAUCACUACUAUAAAUAUUCCAUAUGUGAUUCUAAGUGUAGUUGCUCAAGGUUAUCCCUGGAUAGCUAAAUUUGCCAUCAAUCUGCUACUUGAGACAAUGAACGAAGAUUUGAUAAUGAGGAGAAGUGUUCAACAAAUAAUAUGGGGAUAUAAUGAUACUAUUUUCACGGAGUUUGAAAAACUGAAGGAGAAAUUUAAGAUUUCUUUCAUCCCAGAUGUUUCUCCUCUGAUGAACUUACAGCCGAAUAAAUCAUUUGAUGGGGAAGUGACGGUGAACACGGGGAAGGAUAAUUUGAAAUUGGUGGCCACGUGGGAAAGAUGGAAAAACAAAGCAGACGUUGGAUUGUGGAAAACCAAGUACGCUAACAUGUUCAAUGGAAGCGACGGAACUCAAUUCAAUCCAGGGAUAACCAAAAGUGAUCUGCUGUACUUUUUCUCAUCAAAUUUAUGUCGUUCAAUAUAUUUGAAUUUCGAUCUCCAACACUCUAUCGAGGGAAUAGAUGUCUAUAGAUUCACUACGCCGCCUUCAUUGUUCGAAAAUGAAACUUCUAAUCCAGAUAACAAGGCAUUUUGUCUACAUCGUUGCUACCCGAACGGUAUUCUAGCAGGAAACAGAGACUGCAAGCCUAGUUCUAUCGAGUCUCCCAUUGUCAUUUCUACACCUCAUUUUCUCCUGGGCGAUCCGUAUUUAAGACAACAGGUCCAAGGUCUUUCUCCAAACAAAGAUAAACAUGGUCUCUUCCUAUCGAUAGAGCCCAUGACUGGCAUUCCUUUGCAAGCUCUGAUACGCUUACAAAUCAAUCUUCAUAUCCAACAAGUCGAUUACAUUACUGGAACCAAAAACAUUCGCGAAUCUUAUGUACCAGUAAUGUAUUUCAGUAACAAUGCUACAGUAGAUCAUAGCACGGCUAAAAUGCUUCUUGACGACCUUAUUAUUCCACUUAGGGUUUGUUUCUAUGUAGAAAUAGGACUAUUUUGUCUUGGAAGUCUGUUAAUUUUAAUUGGUGGUGUUUUGUUGAUCAAACGGAUCAGGAGGUCGAAAAAACCCAUCUGCGUCAAAAUCAAUGAUGUUAACGAUAGAAACGGCUAUAAUUCUGAAUCAGACCCGCUGAUUCCUAAAUCAUAAGAUCAUCUUGUGCAACGUUUUAAUUCCAAUUUAUCGCGAUUCAAAAUAUACAGAAUUCCAGUUGAUGUACUGUUGAUGUGUGGGUCAACAUGUUGGUAUUGCAGUUAAUCCUGUUUUAAAAUAUUUUUAUUAAACCCAACUCUGUAUCAAGGAAAGGAUUUGAGGUUUUGGACGGUAGAGAUAAAUUGAAAACUGAAGAAUUAUGGCAAUUUAAACAAAAAGCGGCCGUCAGAUUUCACGGCUGAGAUUUUUAUAACAAUAAUUGCUAAAAUUUAUAUAGCGCUCGUACUAUACAAUAGUCAAGAGCACUUAAUAAUAAUAUUAUAUACAGUCAAUAAAAAUAGAAAAAAAUUAUUUUAAAGACAUUUUUCAAGAUUGAAAUAUAGGUAAAAAUGAAUAAAUAAAAUAAAGAUAACAAUAAUAAUAAUUAGGUGCAGUUAUGUGGUAAAUAGAAUAGAAACGUUUUGAGUCUGUUUUUAAAGAGUUCAACAUUGUCUCUGCCCGGUUGUACGAAGACUGGAUAGCGCUAUCCGGUGAAUAAGUCCUUAUCCAGUGGAUAAGUCGAUACUGUCAUUCACUGAUAAGAUUUAUCCGUUGGAUAGCGCUAUCCGGGCUUCGUACAACCGGGCCAGACAAAGCGUUCCAGACUUUCGAAGCAGCUACAGAGAAGGCACGAUCACCGAAAGAUUUACAUCGUGUUUGAAUAGGUUUAAGUAACAGUUGGUUGUUUCUCUCCCUAGUGAAUAGCGACUUUCAGGCUGGACAACAAGUAGAUCUUAUAAGUAUGGUGGAGCCAAGUACAUAAUGCGAUGCUUGACUGGACAAGUAAAAGAUAAUGAUGGCAUUUUAAAAGUAUUUCCUCGAAGAACAAAAAAAAAACAAAACAGAA